GGUUGUCGUUUUAAGUUCAAUGCAUCGAGUGGCAGUAUAUUUACUGCGCAGAUACGACCAAUAUGACAGACACGCUGACGUGUAGCUGCAACGCGCCUACCCGCGUUUGCUCGUUCCCGCGCUGACAUCCACAUGAACGCGCACCAGCAUCCCCGUGACCAUUUUGACCACCUUUCUUCUUUGUGUUGAAGAUAAACAAGAAUCAAGAUGAACCAGGUGCUCGCAACCUGCUGGAUGUUCCUCCUGCUCUCCACCUUCUUGUGUGAGCCUGUGCUUUGUAAAGGGGGGCGUGGGGGGUCCCGGGGCUCAUCCAGAGGCUCGUCCAGAGGCUCCCCUGCCCGCAACUCCAUUGGGGGCUCGUACCGCGGAGCGGGUGGUUACGGCGGUCCGCGGUCUCGGUUCAGGGCAGUGGGCCGGACGUCCCCAGUGCGUGUUGCCGCCGCUGCGGCUGCUGGGGCUGCAGUGGCCCUGACCGCGGAUAAAUGGUACGCAUCUGCUUACCGCCGCAGCAACGCCGACUCUGAUGAGGAGCUGGAUUAUUACAACAGGACCGGUUACUUUGAUGCCCAUAUGUCUGGCUCCACAGUGGGAACAUCCUUCUGCCAAAUGUUCUCUAUCACCAUGGCAACACUGUCCUCCAACUUUAUACUUUUGUGGGACUACAUGUUGUAAUGAGCUGUUAAGGAGAAAUGCGCUGGACCUGAUCAAUGCAGGACAGGCUGGAAGCAACUGGAAAGACCGGCGGGAAAACAUAUUCGUGAUCACAAAGCAAACAAUGCACUGUUUACUUAAACCUAAAAUGCACUAACUCAUUUGCACCAGCUUGAGUGUUGUGGACCAAACGGGUUGAA